UUAUGUGCUCUGGCUAGCGCCUGCGCAUUGAUAUCUACAGCAACGGGUCGAUGACAACAAUAUUAGACGGACACCAGCAACUCCAAAUAAGGGAGCAUAAGUUUUCAGGCAUCAUAAGCAUAACAUGGGCGCAACGGCCUUGCAUAAUAAAUCCCCAACCCUUGGGUAUCCCGAGCAUGAUGAUCCGGCGUAUCGCAAGUGCCAGGAGUUGAAGAUGGAACGCUGGAUUCAGAUGCACUACCAAAUCAAGCAACGGGAAAAGGCGUUGGCCAUUGCUCAGCAUCGGGAACUCUUUUACUGGCUGAGCGGCUUCUAUCUAAGCGCUUUUUAUGGCUGCGCUAGCUACUACCAGCGAGUCAAGCGUGCCUCAGCACUGGCGCCUCUAUUACCACUUACCUUUGUAAUGGGAUAUUACGCUGACUGGGCCUAUGGGAGCAAGUUGCAUCGGAUACAGGCCGAAGCGAAUAUAAUUAUGGAGCAUGAACCGGAGUUAUUACAUUGGCCAGGGGGACUUCCAACGGUCGCUGGAAUUGAUGAGGCUCGCGUUGAAAUUCAAAUGGAAAAGAAAAUGCAUCCCCAUCAUAUGUAGAUGGAUCAUUAGCCAAAUGCAUUGACGCAUGUUUUUGUAAAAUAAUUUUAUUAUUCAAUAACAUGCAUAUGCAUAUAUGGGUACAUCGUUAAAUAUGUUUUGUAUCUCUCGUAUACACAUACGAUUAGUAUAGAUGUACAUACAUACAUAUGUACAUAAAUAUAUACUAACAUUCAUACAUAGUGUACAAUUAUCUGAACUGUACCAAUGCAAGGUAACCUGUUUAUGUGCAAUUGUGCUUAUGUUUGUACUACACGUGUUCGUAAAUACAGAGAUACAUACAUAUGUAUGUAUGUAUAAGAGCUACUGUGUGUGCAUGUGUGCAAAUGCAUACAGAUACAUAUUCUUACGUUUUGCUCUUGCAGUCACGUGGCUUGACAAUAUAACCACACAUUUUCUUUA